AUGAUCGUAAAGGCGUUGGUAGAGGAAGUAAGAAUAACAAGAACAAGCGGAAGCAGUAUAAAGAUGUCCAACUCGCAGCAGAUAGCCCAGAACGCCCGUAAGGCUGGGAACAUUUUAAAGACCAUCUCCAAUGAAGGAAGAUCAGAUAUUCUAUACAAAAUUCACGAUGCUUUGAAGGCUAAUGCACAUGCCAUUGAAGAAGCUAACAAGGUUGAUUUGGCAAUCGCCAAGCAAACCAGUCUAGCAGACUCUUUAUUGAAACGUUUGGACCUAUUCAAGGGGGACAAGUUCGAUGUUAUGUUACAAGGUGUCAAGGAUGUCGCCGACCUGGAAGACCCCGUUGGGAAAGUGAAAAUGGCCAGAGAACUAGAUGAUGGGUUGACCUUGUACCAAGUCACUGCUCCAGUAGGUGUCUUGUUGGUUAUCUUUGAAUCUCGUCCAGAAGUUAUUGCUAAUAUCACUGCUUUGAGUAUCAAGUCAGGCAAUGCUGCAAUCUUAAAGGGUGGUAAAGAAUCUGUCAACACUUUCAGAGAAAUGGCAAAGAUUGUCGAUAAUACCAUUGCCAAAUACCAAAGUGAGACCGGUGUUCCCGUUGGUUCUGUACAAUUGAUCGAAACCAGACAAGAUGUUUCCGAUUUGCUGAAUCAAGACGAGUACAUUGAUCUAGUUGUUCCCCGUGGCUCCAACGCCUUGGUGAGGAAAAUUAAGGACACCACCAAGAUCCCUGUGUUAGGUCAUGCAGAUGGUAUUUGCUCAAUCUAUUUGGACGAAGAGGCCGAUUUGGCCAAGGCUAAAAGAAUUAGUUUGGACGCCAAAACCAACUACCCAGCUGGUUGUAACGCUAUGGAAACGUUGCUAAUUAACCCAAAGUUACCUAAGUGGUGGGAAGUCCUGGAAAAUUUAACUUUGAAAGGUGAGGUUACCGUCMACGCUACAAAGGACUUGAAAACUGCUUACUUCAAUAAACUAAAUGAACAUGGUGCAUUGACAGAAGCAAUUCAAUCCAAGACCGUUGAUGCUGAUGAAAAGGUGGAUUUUGAUAGGGAAUUUUUAUCCUUAGAUUUAGCUGCUAAGUUCGUUGGAUCCACAGAAGAAGCCAUUCAACACAUAAAUACGCAUUCUUCGAGACAUACCGAUGCCAUAGUAACGGAAGACAAGGUGAAUGCUGAAAAGUUCAUGAAAGGUGUUGAUUCAUCUGGUGUCUAUUGGAACGCGUCAACUAGAUUUGCCGAUGGUUUCAGAUACGGUUUUGGUGCUGAGGUGGGUAUCUCUACCUCCAAGAUUCACGCUCGUGGGCCAGUCGGUUUAGAAGGUUUGGUUAGCUAUCAAUAUCAGAUAAGAGGUAACGGCCAAGUUGCAAGUGACUACCUAGGUGCUGGUGGUAACAAGGCAUUUGUUCACAAAGACUUGGAUGUCAAGAUGAUCUCAUUGUGA